AUGAUACCAGGUGAAUUGCCAAAACUACCCUUCAUCGUCAAGCCCUUCAUCCUUUAUCUCUUCCUCUCUCUAUCUUUCUUAGCCUUUAUCUAUCUACAAACCCCACGUCAUACCUUUAAAAAAGACCCGACAAACCACUCCCCGGACCUCAAGAUCCGACCAGGAUACUCCUCCUACGAUGUCUACAUCGAACGCCAGCUCAACAAGACCCUUAACCCGAAACUCCGACAAAUAUGGACCACCCGGGAUUGGAACCGGAAAGUCGAAGUUUUCUCCAGGUUUUUCGACAGUUUAAAGCAGAGAAAACUACUGUUUAACGGGUCAAAAGCGCUUUGUGUUGGAGCCCGGGUCGGGCAAGAAGUGGCUGCAUUAAAACGGAUCGGUGUUAAUGACUCUGUGGGUAUAGAUCUAGUGCCUUACCCUCCAUUGGUCUUGAAAGGUGACUUUCAUCAUCAGCCGUUUGACGCUGAGACUUUCGAUUUUGAAUUCUCCAAUGUUUUUGAUCAUGCACUUUAUCCUGAUAAAUUUGUUGGAGAGAUCGAAAGGACGUUGAAGCCCGGCGGCAUUUGUGUUUUACACGUGGCGUUAUCUCGACGGGCUGAUAAAUAUUCGGCCAAUGACUUGUACAGUGUGAAACCAUUAAUAGAAUUGUUCAAACAAUCAGAAGUUGUUAAGGUUAGGAAUGUCGAUGGAUUUGGCUUGGACACUGAGGUUGUUUUUCGGAAAAACAAGAAUCGAAACAAGUAA